UAUCUCUCUCUCGCACCCGCACUAAUUUUUGUUUCUUUCCCAUAACAAAAAUGGUGAAGAAUGUUCAAAAUCCUCUGGCGAGAAGCUUUUACUGUAGAAAAGAAGAAAUUGAACCACCACCAAUUAAUAUUUUUAAUGAUUUUAUGUAUGGGAUAGAGAGUGAAGUCUUGAGGAUAUUUCUAGGGAAUGCCUAUGAAUCACUGCUAAGUCGAAGUAGAGAGAUCGAAUCCAUGGCGAGUUUUGUCAGUUCAACGGAAGUCAUCGUCCCAGAAGAAGAAACACGUUCUUUGGAGGAAGAGGUCAUUAAGUUGAUGAAACUUAUGAAUCUUGAGUCUCUUGGAAACAGAGAAUCUCGUUUAACGGGUCUUGAGGAUGAUGGACUUGUGCGAAAGACUGUAAAACGCAGAGAAAGAAGAGUCGAACGCAAUCAAGAAUCAGAUGUUAAAGAGAUAUUCAAAACUGCAGCCAGGAAGACUGAGUCUCGGUUCCAGGAGGCUUUGCAAGAAGAAUCGUCAUCCUCUUCAGUGAAAUGGGGUUUUGCAGAGGCUAAAGAUGAAGUAGUUUCUCUUGGGAUCAGGUUAACUCAUGCGCUCAUCAAACUCACGUUAUUGCGUGUUCAUAAGAACGAGAGAGAGAAACAGUUGUGGCUAAGAAAUUGGAUCUUUGGGGAGUCUUACAAGAAACAAUCUGCUUUAAUGUACUUGUUGGACUAUCUUCUGGACAAAAGUGGAUGGAGAGCUGAACAAGUGUUGGGGUGAGUCUUUCUGGGAGUAUGUUGCAGCAGCAAGACACUUGGAAUCUGUGACCGA